UCAGAGCGGGCCUGGAGCAGCCGCGGGACGGCCUGGGGAGCUGGGCCUGGGAGCUGCAGUUCCAUCCUGCCCGCCGGGGGCUCCCGGGCUGCCCUUCCCGCCCGAUCGCCAGCCUUCUGGGCUGUGGACCUGUCUACCAGCCCGUAGCUGCAGUCUGUCUCCUAACACCAGUCUUCACCCGGUCUGCUUCUCUGGUUAAAUCCAGACGGGUAGAUGAGGCUACCUGAUUUUUUUUUUUAACCACCUGCAUUGCUUAGGUAAACCAUGCAUGGAGGUCAAGCCAAGUGAAAGUUCAACCAUUCGUGGAAAGAAUGAGGGAGACCACGAGGCAGUGGCCGGGGAACGGAACGGAAGGAGAGGCCGUUGGCGCAGCUGCUCCGGGGCAGGACUGAGGGGUGCAGCCACAGGUCCCCACACCCGCCCCUUUUUUUUUUUUUAUUUGACAGAUAGAAUUAAACAGUGAGAGAAACAGAGAGAAAGGCCUUCCUUCUGUUGGUUCACUCCCCAAAUGGCCACUACGGCUGGAGCUAUGCCUAUCCGAAGCCAGGAGCCAGGUGCUUCUCCUGGUCUCCCAUGGGGUGCAGGGCCCAAGCACCUGGGCCAUCCUCCACUGCCCUCCCAGGCCACAGCAGAGAGCUGGACUGGAAGAGGAGCAACCGGGACUAGAACCCGGUGUCCAUAUGGGAUGCCGGCACCGCAGGCGGAGGAUUAACCAAAUGAGCCACAGCGCCAGCCCCACACCUGCCCUUUUGUCCUGUUCCCAUCAGGUACCAGCUUGCCAUGAGACUUUCUUUCUUUGUUUCCAGAAUAUUCCUUUCAUGAAUCAGCGCCUACGGCAAGGGGGUGAGAAGUCAGGCCAUGAUGCCAAGCUGCCAGGGCUGUCACUCAGAUCCUAUCUCAGGGCUGCUGGGUGACCGCCUGCUGGCCCCACAGGGCACAGGUGCCGCAGCAGGCGCUGGUGGGAGGUCCCUGCUGCCGCACGUCAGAGUGGGUUCCACUGGGCGCCUGCCUUGACCAAUACGGCAGGAGGGGAUGUCGGGUGGGGGAGCCCCGAGUCAUCUGCCUGCACCCAGUUCCAAGAUGGCUGAGGAGGUCUGUCCUGGCUUCUCCCCUGAGUCAUUCGGCAGAGACUCGCCACCCCGUCCACGGGAGCUUGUGCCUGGACACCCCGAUGCACCCACGGGCCCAGGGACAGAGCAAGUCCUUGGGCUGCCACCUGGCCCAGCCGGAUCCUUCAGGGUCUCUCGCUGGGACCCCGCAUGUGGCUGCCAGGGAGCCGCUGGCUUCCAGGCCCCGCCUCCCCGCCUCCCUUUGAUGUGAGCAGUGCCUCUCCCAGGGUGCCAACCUGCUGCCCUUGGGCAGGGACCGUCCCCCCCUGCCCACCCCAUCCCAGGAGGGGGAGCUCACACCUGAGCUGAAGGGAUUUGACCCCUGGGUGACCAGGUGCUGUCUUUCUCUUUGAGGUGGACUUGGGUUCUAUAAAAUGCACGUCUCAGGGAGGGUUUGCAUUCACGCGAAGGCGCUGGCUGCUCGUGAAGCCCCUCCCCCAGCCCCGCCCCCAGUCCUCACUCGGCACAUUUGUUCUGCCGGUGACUGAACUGGGUCAGGACGGAGCCCGAGGGGUGCCUGCUCUCUGCCCAACCGCCCGUGGACGAUCUCCACUUGCUUGUUUGUUCUUUGUCUCUGGGUUCACAGCGACCUGUACAGCAACUUAAAACAAUACGAGAGCACCCUUCCCCUUCUGUCAUCUGCAGAAAACACAAAAAAGCCGACUUGGAAUGUCAGGAACGGCCCCAAAUCAGUUUGUCCUCUCACAGAGUAAGGGAGCUCCGGGAGACUCAUGGGAAGUGGGACGGGAAGUUUGGUUUGCUCUGUAGCACACAACGUCUGACACGCACUGCGUAGCUUUUCACACUGAGUGCUUUUCAUAAACUUUUUGAAAACCCUGUUGUUGUAUGUAUGCAUAUCAAAAAUUCUUUUGCAGGGCCGGCACUGUGGCGUAGCGGGCAAGGCUGCCGUCUGUAGUGCCAGCAUCCCAUAGAGGCACCAGUUUGAUUCCUGGCUGCUCCACUUCCCAUCCAGCUCCCUGCUAACGAGCCUGGGAAAGCACCAGGAGACAGCACAAAUGCUGUGGGAGACCUGGAGGAAGCUCCUGGCUCCUGGCUUUGGUCUGGCCCAGCCCCAGCCGUUGUGGUCAUUCGGGGAGUGACCCAGUGGAUGGAAGACUUUUCUCUCUGUCUCUCCCUCUUUCUCUGUAACUCUGCCUUUCAAAUAAAUUAAUUAAAAAAACUUUUUUUGCAUCAAAAUGAACUUAUCUUUGAAUUCUCCUUUGCAUGAACGUUUUGAUGCUCCUUGUGUGUAGACAGUAGGGUCACGGUGAGGGGGAUGCGAGACCCCCUUGGCCUGGUGUCUGCUUCCUCCGGGCACCCCUGCCCCCCAGGUCCAGAAUCCGGCAGGGCCAGCAGGGCCAGCUGGAGGGCUCAGCUGGGGCUGGUGCUGAGCACAGAGGCAGAGGGCUCCCUGUGCUUCUGGAGAGAACCUUACCUGGAGUCUGUGUGGCAGCCUGGGAGGGGCUGUGGUAUGGGCGGAGCCAGCUGGAGGAGGAGGAGGAGGAGGGAGACGGGCUCAGGGUUUUCCAGCUUCCAGUUUAGCCUUGAGCUGCUGGUUAUAAAUUUGGCCCUGGGGGUUCAGGGACAGAUCCCAGAGCUGAGACAGCGACAGUCGGGACAGCAGCAUGCUGGCCAGGGGGCUCCCCUCCCGCUCAGUCUUCCUCAGAGGUUGCCAGGCCUCCCUGAGCACUGCCCAGGAGGGCCUGGGUCACCCGGGGGUGCCCACCCGUGAGGGAGUGGGCAUGGCCACCCGCAGCCCUCGGCCCUACCACGAGAUCCCCUCCCCUGGGGACAAUGGCUGGCUGAACCUGUACCACUUCUGGCGGGAGAAGGGCACACACAGGGUCCAUUAUCGUCAUGUGCAGAACUUCCAGAAGUAUGGUCCCAUUUACAGGGAGAAGCUGGGCAACGUGGAGUCCGUUUACAUCAUGGAUCCCGAGGACGUGGCUCUGCUGUUCAAGUCGGAGGGCCCCAGCCCCGAGCGGUUCCUCAUCCCGCCCUGGGUCGCCUAUCACGAGUACUACCGGAGGCCGGUGGGCGUCCUGCUCAAGAAGGCCCAGGCCUGGAAGAGAGACCGCGUGGCCCUGAACCAGGAGGUGAUGGCCCCCGAUGCCAUCAAGAACUUCGUGCCCCUCCUGGAGGCCGUGUCGCAGGACUUCGUCCGCAUGCUGCACGGUCGCGUCCAGCAGGGGGUGUUCUCAGGCGACAUCAGUGACGACCUGUUCCGCUUUGCCUUCGAGUCCAUCACCAACAUCAUGUUCGGGGAGCGCCUGGGGAUGCUGGAGGAGACGGUGGACCCCGAGGCGCAGCGGUUCAUCGACGCGGUCUACCAGAUGUUCCACACCAGCGUCCCCAUGCUCAGCCUGCCACCGAGCCUCUUCCGCCUCUUCCGCACCAGGACCUGGAGGGACCACGUGGCCGCGUGGGACGUGAUCUUCACCAACGCUGACAAAUACACCCAGAGCUUCUACUGGGACCUGAGGCAGAAGCAGGACCUUGGGGGCAGCUACCGUGGUAUCCUCUACAGCCUCCUGGGGACCAGCAAGCUGUCCUUCGAGGACAUCAAGGCCAAUGUCACCGAGAUGCUGGCCGGAGGUGUGGACACGACGUCCAUGACCCUGCAGUGGCACCUGUAUGAGAUGGGGCGCUGCCCUAGGGUGCAGGAGAUGCUGCGGGCGGAGGUCCUGGCUGCCCGGCGCCAGGCCCAGGGAGACAUGACCGCGAUGCUGCAGUCGGUGCCGCUCCUCAAGGCCAGCAUCAAGGAGACGCUGAGGCUGCACCCCAUCUCGGUGACUUUGCAGAGAUACCUCGUAAAUGACCUGGUCCUCCAGGAUUACAUGAUACCUGCCAAGACAUUGGUGCAGGUGGCCAACUACGCCAUGGGCCGGGAACCUAGCUUCUUUGCCAACCCAGAGAAGUUUGACCCCACCCGAUGGCUGGACAAGGACAAGAACGCCACUCACUUCCGGAGCCUGGGCUUUGGCUGGGGUGUGCGGCAGUGCCUGGGCCGCAGGAUCGCCGAGGUGGAGAUGAGCAUCUUCCUCAUCCAUAUGCUGGAGAACUUCAGAAUCGAAAGCCAACAGCUCAGCGACGUGGGUACCAAGUUCAACCUCAUCCUGAUGCCCGAAAAGCCCAUCAUCUUAACCUUCCGGCCUCUCCAUCAGGACACGCCCCCCGCGUGAUGGGAGGGGAAGGCCCCGCCCCACCAGUGAGGGGAGUCACGGCUGUCGGUUCAUCUCUGGCCCCACCCCGCUCCUCUUCCCCACUCUGCCCCUUCCUCGCCCUCAUCAGGACAAUAAACGGCCGAACCGCA